CUCCUCCAAAACCAAUAAGUAACUUUUUACUUCGCAUUCUCCUUUUUGUUCUCUCUCUUCUUUCCCCUAUUGACAGGAGCUCACUAAAUUGAUUCUCCAUCUUGUCUCCGAUUGUGCCAUGAUUAACCAUGAACAUCAAUGGGUGAUUUCGACAUCAUCAGUGAGUUUUGUCUAUUGAUUCUCCACCUUGUCUCCACUUGCUUAGCCAUGAUUAACCAAGGGAGGUUGGGAAAAGAUGAAACAAUUGAAGAUGCAGCACAGUGUGAGACAGUGGAGGAAGCUGGAGUACAAGUGCAAACUGGGAGAGGAAGAUGGUACUUUGAGAACAAAACCGGUGACAUUGCCUAUGAAGGGCACAUGUUUCCUUUGUUAGUAACAGGACGACUAGACUCUUGGCCCGAGAAAGAGAUUCGCCAAAGAACUUGGAUGAAUGUGCGCAAAGCAAGAAAAUUUUGCCCAAAUGAGGCCGCAGAACUAUUAGUCAGUCGCCUCACAUCACAAAGCAAACAGGCCAAAGGGCAACUAUGUCCAGUGCAAACUGGGAGAGGAAGAUGGUACUUUGAGAACCAAACCGGUGAUGUUGCCUAUGAAGGGCACAUGUUUCCUUUGUUAGUAACAGGACGACUAGACUCUUGGCCCGAGAAAGAGAUUCGCCGAAGCACUUGUGUAAAUUGCUAAGAUGGCACUUUGAGAACAAAGCCGGUGACACUGCCUAUGAAGGGCACAUGUUUCCUCUGUUUGUAACAGAACAACUAGACUGUGUGAGAACGAGAUUCGCGAAAGAACUUGGAUGUAUACCCUAACAAUAUAAAGAUUUCACCGCGUUAUCAUUUGUAAAUGAAGAUGCAUUUGAAGUUUAUUAACUAUACCUGUUCCCAAAGGGAGGUCGGGAAAAAGAUUUAACAAUCAAAGAUUCAGCACAAUGUGAGACAGUGGAGGAAGCUGGAGUACGAGGGGAUGUUAAGCAAACUAGGAUGACGGUACUUUGAGAACAAAACUGGUGACACUACCUAUGAAGGGCACAUGCUCCCUCUGUUUGUAACAGAAUAACUAGACUAUUGGCUUGAGAAAGAGAUUCACAAAAGAACUUGAAUGAAUGUGCACGAAGCAAGAAAACUUUCUAAAACGGGUGGAUGAAAGAGGCCUUGGAGCAAUUAGUAAGUCGCCUCACAUCACAAAGUAAACGGACCAAAAGGGAACUAUUUCCAGGAAUCCAGUGUAGCUCCAACGCUCAAGCUCAAGUACUUUCUCCCCCACCACCAAGUUCUACUGAAGAAGCGUAGUCUCCUUUGAUAUCUACUGUCAAAUGGUUUAGGUACUGAAAAUGGUCAAUCCAGCACGCGGGUUAAGUAGUUUUGAGAAUGAGUGGAACAAAAGAAGUACUAGUAGUCACAGGAGUAUAUUGUUUGUUUGUUUUUAUCUCAGAACUAGAGUAUGUGUGACUUCAUAGAGAUUCUAGAACCAGAGCUGGCUAAUGACAUCUGCACAUUGGCAAGUAAUUUUUUAUUUUGUAUUAAUAUAUAUUAAAUCUUGAACACCUUUGAUGAAAUUUCUGGUUUCGCCACUGGGAACAGUGAUGUUGGAUAGUUAUUGCAUUGAAUUAAGGAUAUUCUGUUUUAUUUUU